AUGCCCGAGAAACGUCAUGAUGUUACUUCUGUUUUUUUGGAAAAUGAUAGACGAUUUGGGGAGAGAUUCGAAGACUUUGAACCUUUUUUUGCAGCUUUGGGAGAUGAUUCACGUGUUGGACAAAGUGUUUUUUACGCAAGUUCCGAACAUGGAAGUACACAUAACUCUGCGACGAAAACGAAAUCUUCGACUUUACCUGCCGGAAUCAAAAUGGAUUUGUCUUCGCCCACGCCUUCAGUACAACGCAAUCAGAGUAUUCACAUGAACGAAAGUAAUAUGUCUCUGCCCUACCAAUCACUGGAUCCAAUCUACACUUCUACUCCAAGUCAUGGAGACAAUGUAGAUGAUCAAAUGAGAACCGUGAAUUGUCGUUUGAAUAAGAUAGAGGAUAUGCUCGAGCAAAUCACGAGUGUUUAUAAAAACGAAGUUGCUGAUAUAACUCGAGCAUUAGACGAAGAACGAUUCAAAAACAAAAAAUUGGAAGACCUGGUCAAUGAGACCAUCGAACUUCAUCAAGCAGAGUUUUUGAGCUUGAAACAGGAGCAGAAGAAUAUGGCCAGUCGUUUGGAUUAUCAGUAUAAUGAUCGGUUCCGCCAAGUAGAAGAAAGUGCUGAAAAUGUUCAAAACCAGAUAUGUCGCUUGGAAAAUUCCAUGAAACAAGCUAUUGAUGUGCGGUUAGGUGGCGGAACAGACUGGGGAAACGCAGUAUUAUUGCCUGUUGUUAAUAUUCUGGUGGAUCUCUUGAGAUUAUCCUUAUACCUUCUUGCUACAGUUCUGGAUGUGAUCAGACCGUUCACCGGUUCAAGAUAUCGAGCUGGAGCUCUACUGUUUAUUGUUAUAUCGGCACUUCUAGUGCUAAACUAUUCUGAUCCUACUUCGCUUUUUCGAAGAAAAACACAGCCCCAAUCGAAUGAAUUAUGA